AUAAACUUCGCCCUGAUCUUAAUAACCAACACCCUUCUAGCCCUACUACUAAUAAUUAUUACAUUUUGACUACCGCAACUUAACAGCUACAUAGAAAAAACUAACCCCUACGAAUGUGGUUUCGACCCCGUAUCCCCCGCCCGCAUUCCUUUCUCCAUAAAAUUUUUCCUAGUAGCCAUCACUUUCUUACUAUUUGACCUAGAAAUUGCCCUCCUAUUGCCCCUGCCAUGAGCCCUACAAACAACCAACUUACCACUAAUAGUCAUGUCAUCCCUCUUAUUAAUCAUUAUCCUAACCCUAAGUCUAGCCUACGAAUGACUGCAAAAAGGACUAGACUGGGCCGAAU